AUGAAAACGUCGCCGACUCUCAAUCAGAUAUGUCGUCUAAUGGGUCGCAAUCAUUUUGCCGACAAUCAUAUUACCGACGAUCACUUUGCCGACACCGUUUUGCCGACAAUCAUUUUGCCGACAGAAACAAGUCAUCCAUUGGAUUAUUUUGAAGCCUCCAUAGACGAAACAAUUGCGAACUCUAUCGUUGCGGAAACAAAUCGUUAUCAGUCGCAAAAUCCAGUUGGUGAGAGACUUAAUAUGGCACGUUGGAGUGAUACUUCAUUAUCUGAAAUGUACAGCUUUUUGGCAACAAUGAUGUUAACUGGUAUCCUACCGAAAAAUCGUAUUCGAGAUUAUUGGAGCACAGAUCGUCUAAGUAGUACACCAAUUUUCAUGCAAAUUUUCACGAGAAAUCGAUUUCAAGAUCUAUUACGCUUUCUAUACUUUUCAAACAAUGAUUUAGUUGAUGCUGAUCGACUUGUAAAAAUUAAACCAAUAAUUAUGGCAUUGAAGAGCAAAUUUAGCAGUUCUGUUAAUCCAGGCCAAAAUCUAUGCAUUGAUGAAAGUCUUAUGUUAUGGAAAGGUCGUCUCGCAUUCAAACAAUAUAUUCCAUCCAAAAGAAAUAGAUUUGGAAUGAAGUUUUUCGAAAUAGUAGAUUGUCAAACAAGAUUAGUGCUUGAUUUCAUUAUAUACACUGGAUCAACAACAGAUAUUGGAAUUAUUCCAGCUGUGGGCAUUAGUGGAUCUGUUGUAAUGAACCUGAUGAAACCUUAUCUGUAUAAGGGACAUAAUUUAUUUGUUGACAACUGGUAUACUUCUCCCAAUCUAUUUGAUCUGUUACACCGAUCUAAAACGGGAGCCUGUGGCACUGUCCGAAGCAAUCGGCGAGGGCUGCCGAGUCUUGCAUCAAAAAUGCAAUUUCGUGGUAUUCAUGCGGUCAACUAUUCAUGGUGCAUCGCUCAGCAAUUCUGGUAA